UAAUGUUCCUUGACGCUGACCUCACUCCUCACUCCAUCGAAGGUGAAACCACCCUUCACCUUCACCUUCACCUUCGUUCUCUCUGCUUCGUUCACGAACUUAGGAGUUGGGAGGAAGUAGACAUUGUGAAUUUUGUCUUGACAUUGACCACAGCAAUUCAGAACUGGAGUCAAUAAAAGUUAUUUGCAUAUCACUACCAAAGUGGACAACAGUGAAAUGGCUUCAUACAAGGAGUUAUCUAGGACUGCGCAAAUUCGCCUUGUGAGUUCACAUGAGGAGGUCUAUGAACCUUGUGAUGAUUCUUUCGCGCUGGUUGAUGCUCUUCUAGCUGACCGCUCUAACCUGUUGGAACAUCAUCCAACAUUGUGCAUGGAGAUAGGUUGUGGUAGUGGAUAUGUUAUUACUUCCCUAGCUCUUAUUCUUGGGCAUGAAGGCAUUAACUAUAUUGCAACUGAUAUCAACCCGCACGCGGUGAGGGUGACCCGCGAGACACUGGAAGCUCAUGGGGUUGAUGCAGAGUUGAUAAUAACAGAUAUUGCAUCAGGACUAGAGAAACGUUUAGCAGGUUUGGUUGAUGUUAUGGUUGUGAACCCUCCUUAUGUGCCUACCCCUGAAGAUGAAGUGGGAGCUGAAGGUAUUACCUCUUCUUGGGCUGGUGGGGAGAAUGGAAGGAGUGUAAUUGAUAGAAUUUUUCCUGUUGCUGAGAAUCUUUUGUCAGAAAAGGGAUGGUUGUACAUGGUCACUCUCACUGCAAACAAUCCUUCUGAGUUAUGUCUUCAAAUGAGAAAGAAGGGAUAUGCUUCUAAGAUUGUUGUUCAAAGAUCGACAGAGGAAGAAAGUCUCCAUAUCAUCAAGUUCUGGAGGGAUUUUGAUGCUGAAGUAGAUGAGAUAACAAACCAAUCUGCUUCUGGAUUCAUAGGCUCCUUGCUUACACAAAUUCCUCUACUUUCAUACUGGAGAGGCAACAAUAGUGACAAUAAAUGUUGAAGGAGAAAAUAAUUGAUUAUCUAUGUUUCUGGGAUAUCUUUCUUGUCUUGACAACAACCAAUCCUUACCUCACUAGAUGGGGUCAGCAAUAUAGAUCAAUUGACGCCAUUCAGCUCUAUCAAAAACCAAAUUUUCAAUAAAAACUAUUUAAAACUUUCCUCUCA